CCGUCGUAUAAAACCGUCCAUUGCUUUGUUCUAGAGAGAUUUGAUUGCAGUACUCGUCGAAGUAUACACGUAUUUAAGUUUGUAAAGUAUUGUCUGCAACUACAUUAAAUAAGAUGGCGAAAGCACCAGCAGUAGGUAUUGAUUUGGGUACAACUUACUCCUGCGUGGGUGUAUUCCAGCAUGGAAAAGUAGAAAUUAUUGCCAAUGACCAGGGAAACCGAACUACCCCGUCUUAUGUUGCAUUCACAGACACGGAACGUCUCAUCGGAGAUGCCGCCAAAAACCAGGUUGCCAUGAACCCAAAUAACACAAUUUUUGAUGCAAAACGUUUAAUUGGGCGUCGUUUUGAUGAUUCUGCUAUACAGGCUGAUAUGAAACAUUGGCCUUUUGAUGUAUUCAACGAUGGUGGCAAACCAAAAAUUAAAGUAAAUUACAAGGGGGAAGAGAAAACCUUCUACCCUGAAGAAAUUAGCUCAAUGGUACUCACAAAAAUGAAGGAAACUGCCGAAGCCUAUUUGGGAAAGGCCGUAACGAAUGCCGUCAUUACUGUACCUGCAUAUUUCAAUGACUCCCAACGUCAAGCAACUAAAGAUGCUGGCACCAUAUCUGGUCUCCAAGUACUUCGUAUAAUUAACGAACCCACAGCUGCUGCUAUUGCCUAUGGCUUAGAUAAAAAGGGACAAGGUGAACGUAAUGUCCUUAUCUUCGAUUUGGGAGGUGGUACCUUCGAUGUGUCCAUCUUAACCAUAGAAGAUGGUAUUUUUGAGGUCAAGUCCACUGCCGGAGAUACCCACUUGGGAGGUGAAGAUUUCGACAACCGCAUGGUCAACCACUUUGUCCAAGAAUUCAAACGUAAAUAUAAGAAAGACCUCACCAGCAACAAACGUGCCCUCCGUCGGCUAAGAACCAGCUGCGAAAGAGCUAAACGUACUCUCUCUUCAUCCACACAGGCUAGUAUUGAAAUCGACUCUCUGUUUGAAGGUAUAGACUUUUACACUUCAAUCACCCGUGCCAGAUUUGAGGAACUGAAUGCUGAUUUGUUCCGUUCCACAAUGGAACCCGUCGAAAAAGCCAUUCGUGAUGCCAAAAUGGACAAGUCGCAGGUUCACGACAUUGUCCUUGUAGGAGGAUCCACUCGUAUCCCUAAAGUCCAGAAGCUCCUUCAGGACUUCUUUAAUGGCAAGGAAUUAAACAAGUCCAUCAAUCCCGAUGAGGCUGUAGCCUAUGGCGCUGCUGUUCAAGCUGCCAUUUUGCAUGGUGACAAAUCUGAAGAAGUACAAGACUUGCUACUUUUGGACGUUACUCCUCUGUCACUUGGUAUCGAAACGGCUGGUGGUGUGAUGACCGCUCUGAUUAAACGUAACACCACAAUUCCAACUAAACAAACCCAGACCUUCACCACGUACUCGGAUAACCAACCAGGUGUGCUGAUCCAGGUAUACGAAGGUGAACGUGCUAUGACCAGAGACAACAAUCUCUUGGGUAAAUUCGAACUGACUGGCAUCCCGCCAGCGCCACGAGGUGUGCCUCAGAUCGAAGUAACAUUCGACAUUGAUGCCAACGGUAUCCUCAACGUAACGGCUGUAGAGAAAUCUACUAACAAAGAAAACAAAAUCACGAUCACCAAUGACAAAGGGCGCCUUAGUAAGGAAGACAUUGAACGUAUGGUUAACGAUGCCGAGAAGUACCGCAGCGAGGAUGAAAAACAGAGAUGCACCAUUUCUGCCAAGAACGCUUUGGAGUCUUACUGCUUCAACAUCAAGAGUACCAUGGAAGACGACAAGAUCAAAGAUAAAAUCAGCGAAAGCGACAAGACUACCGUCAUGGAGAAAUGUAAUGAGGUUAUCGCUUGGUUAGAUGCCAACCAAUUGGCCGAGAAGGAAGAGUAUGAGCACAAACAAAAAGAAUUGGAGAAUAUUUGCAAUCCAAUUAUUACUAAGUUGUAUCAGGGUGCUGGCGGUGUACCUGGGGGUGUUCCUGGAGGGUUCCCCGGAGCAGGUGCUGCCCCGGGUGCAGGAGGCGCCGCUGGCGGUGCUGGUCCAACUAUUGAAGAAGUUGAUUAAACAAUCAUUCCAUUUUAUUUAUGCCAGUAUUAUUUUGCAGACAAAACUUUCAUUUUUUUUUUUAUCUUAUCACCAAAGAAACUUUUGUAAUAUUUAUUAAAUUAACUACAGUGCAGUUUUGUUAAUAAAUAUCAAAUCUAAAU